AUGACCAGUAUACUGUCCGCGUCGGGCAAGUACCGCUCGCGGAAGGACAUCAGCACCGGCUCGAUACCGACGCUGGUGUCACUGGACGAAGAAUCUAGUCUCUCGACCACAACGACCACCUCGGUCAGCAGCGACACGGUCCUGAUGAACCUACGGACAUCCGGUGGCAGCCGCUCAAUUGCCGACUCCAGUGCCAUCCACGGCAGCAGCAGCCUGAACAUCAAGAAUGGACUUGCCGCGAAGCCACCGCGCCGCUCCUCCCUGGGCCUGGCCCUGCUCGGCGGCGGCGGUGGUUCCCGCUCCAGCUCGGACAAGGGCAACAAACGCCGCAGCUCGAUAGCGGUCGUGUUUCUCGGUCGCAAGGACUCCCGCUCCUCCUCCUCGUCCACGUCGGUGGGCACCUCCUCCAACCUCCACCAUAAUGGCCACUACUCGAUCAGCACGAUCCCGGAGAAGUACAGCAAGACGGGCGAGUCGGACAUCGAGAAUGACGCACCGAACACGGACUCGUUCAGCAUGCUGUCGCCGGGGGUCAGUGGCACACCUGGAGAACUGGGUUCCAACGGGGACGCAGUAGCCGGCAGUGGUGGUGGCUACGACAAGAAACGUCGCCGCUCGUCGUCCUGGCAGACCAAACUCGAGCGAAGGCGCCGCAAGGGUAUGAUGUCGGCGGCCGCCACACUCAACGGUGACGGCGGCACCCCGCAAGACGGACCCGAUGGGUCACCGGCGACCGGCACUAACGUCUUCACGGCGGCUGGCUACGGUUCGGCCAACGGGCUCGAGCUGCCGUACGGUGGCGGUGGAAAGUAUGGCCGCGAGAAGCGCCACUCCUGGUGGAACAUCUUCGUUCCGGACAACCUCAAGCAAAGGACCCGUAGAGCUAGUCAGGAUGUGAUCCUUUCGAAAAGUUCGGAAACACUCAGUAGCCCACCCUACCGAAGGAGCAAAUCACGAAGUGUGGACCAUGGAUUAGCGGCCCCGUUCGAUCUAGACUCGCUACGCUCGAAGGUUGAGGGCAGAUUCGAAAGCAUCGAUCGGCUGUCCAAAGAUGGCGAAAAGAAGCGCUCCAUGCCCACGAUACCCACCGUUACGUACACAGUGAAGGACCGUGACACGCUGACAUCGGUAGCGGCCCGUUUCGAUACGACCCCGUCGGAGCUGACCCAGCUCAACCGUUUGGCCAGCUCGUUCAUCUACUCCGGCCAACAGCUGCUGGUGCCGGACAAGAAUGCCAAACCGAGCGCGGCGGCGGACGGUGAAUCCGACACCAGCACGGAACGCUCCUCCAACAGUCCCACCGAUGGUCGGCGCAAAGGCUCGCAGGAAGAUUUGUCUCAGGAUGAAAAAGAUUUGCUGGAAGGGCUUCGUCCGGGAUCACCGAAGCCGGGUCACAUUGAACGUGUCGCCUCACCAAACACCCAGAGCGGUGGCGGAGGCGGUGGUGGGGGCGGAGGUGGCGGCACCCGAACUACGGGGGCCGCAGGUGGCGACGAUGACGAUCCCGUCACCAUACAGCGUUUCUUGAAGAUCAACGUGCGGCACAUUACCGAUGGCCAGGGGGUGGUAGGCGGCGUACUGCUUGUCACCCCGAACGCGGUCAUGUUCGACCCGAACGUGUCGGACCCGCUGGUCAUCGAGCACGGUCCGGAGAGCUACGGUGUGAUCGCCCCGAUGGAGUUCAUCGUGAAUGCGGCCAUUUUCAACGAUAUCGCACACAUGCGCGUGCAGGGUGCGGCAGCGGCCGCCGGCGGCAUCAACGAGACGGCCGAGAAGGCAGAAAUCUAUCACCCGGUGCCGGAGAAACCGUGCUCCCGCUGUGACACGCACUCCCCGGGCAAGGACUCGCUGCUGGUGAAGGACGAAACGUUCCCCGAGCUGGGCGUUGGGUCGGUCGAGGGUUGCGACGAUCAGGAGUCGAUCUGCUCGAGCAACAACGAGCGUGACGGCGAUGCGUUCCCGAAAGCAUUCGAGCGGGAUCUGGUGACGCCGAACAACUUGCAGCGGCUGCACGGCGAUUCGACCGAGAGCGGUGGCAGCUCGGAACCGAAACCAUCGUCGGCCGAACCGUCGCCCAGUCUGUUUCUGGCGUACGGCGACCGGGACCACACACUCAACUCACUCGAGUCGGCGUCGUCGGACCACGCGAAGGCAGGCGAUAAGACUGACCAAAGCAAGAGCGGCAACCUAGAGGAUCCCACAAUGCGCUCGCUGGAGGAACGGCGAAGAAGUCUGCUGGAUCAGCACUGGGCCAUACCCAGCAAGGACAGAUUGAAAUGUAAUUGCGAUCAAUCGUCAUCUCGAAGAUCUCUCGACGACGAGGAGGCGGCCAGUACGGGCAGUGGGACAACGGCAGCCUCCAGCAACUCGACGGUCGGUGCCGGCUCGAUGGCUGGCCACCCGGUGGCCAUUCCUCCGAUCAUCGAAGCCGGCGACGGUCAGCUAGUAAAGCAAUCGUGCCACGAUUCCGGCAUCGACAUUCGCGAUCCGAAUGCGGCGGCCGCGGCAGCCGCCGCCAGUGGUGGUGCCGCGAUGCCACCUCUACCGAUCGUGGCCCCGAUCGCGACCAAGAAGGUGUACAGUGACGCCGACAUUGUGCUGAGUGCGGACUGGGUGCCACCGCUUACGAUUGCUCCGACCCAUCUGCACGACAGUUCGCCGCGCAGCAGCAGCUCGCUCGGAUCCGCCUCGCACCACAGCGGCACCAUCCUGUCGACGUCGGAAGCGGGUGGUCGGAAGAAGACUUCGAGCGUGAGCUUCAGCGUAGAGGAGCACGAAGCACACGGUGCCGCCGGCGCUGGCAGUGGAUCGUUCGAAAAGGGUUCCGAAACCAAGAAGAAUAAGAUGCUGAAGCGGCUAUCGUACCCGUUGGCCUGGGUCGAAGGGUUGACCGGCGAAGGUGGUGGCAGUAGCCACAAAUCCGACUCGAUUGAAUCCGCACCGAACACGGGCGACUCGAACCAGAGCGUAUUUUCAAAAGUAUUUUCGAGCUCACCGAUCACGUUGGUUUCGGAGCUGGGUGGGAAUUUGUUUUUGUCGAAAACACCAUCGGAAGACUCCGGAGGCUCACCGGUUCCACCGCUGACGCCGCACGAGGCGCAGGCCGGGUCGGCCGCCGCUGGGCGAUCGUCCAUUGGCACGUUCAUACGGCAGCAUCCGAGCGAGGGUAGUGCGGCCAAGCAGAAGCAACCACCACCGAAGCUGGACUACCGCUCGAUGGUGUCGAUCGACGACAUGCCAACGCUUUUCGUCAGUUUCGACAUGAGGGCACCAUUGUUUCCUCAGCUUGAGAAACUUGAACUGAUCCCGAGACCGGCCCGAGCUUGUCCCGAUCCACCGAUGUACCUUCGGUUGCGGAUGGGCCGCAAGAUUGGCAAGAAUACGCCCCUCCCGACGACGGUGAUGUCCUACGGCAAGAAUAAGCUACGGCCCGAGUAUUGGUUCAGCAUUCCGAAGAACAAAGUGGACGAGUUGUAUCGCUUCCUGAACGCCUGGGUGCAGCAUCUGUACGGCGAGCUGGAUGAAGCGACCAUCAAGGAGCGCGGCUUCGAACUCAUUCAAAUCGACACCGAGUGGACCGCCAAAUCUGGCAGCCCGUCGAAGGACGGUCGUUCCGCUAGUGAAGGAGAAAUCUCCGAAUACACACGCGAAUCCUGGGAGCUGCUAAAGGCACCGUUCGUUAAAACCUACAAUAUAAUCAAGAGUCAAACUGGAUCCAACGAUUUGGACGGUUGUGAGGUCCUGUCUAUGAGCACAGAUGACUACCGGAAAGCGACACUCUUUGCGUCCGGCUCGUUCGAUCAGGAGUUCCAAAUUCCGGACCUAGUGGGACAAACAGAAAUCCUCAGUGAAGAGCACAGAGAAAAACUGUGCGCCCACCUGCCGGCCCGUGCGGAGGGCUACUCUUGGUCGCUAGUGUUCAGCACGUCCCUGCACGGCUUCUCGCUGAACUCGCUCUACCGAAAGAUGCAUAAGCUGGAGAGCCCGAUCCUGAUCGUGAUAGAAGACACCGACCAUAAUGUAUUUGGAGCGCUUACAUCCUGCUCACUGCACGUGUCGGACCACUUCUACGGAACCGGCGAAUCGCUGCUCUACAAAUUCAAUCCCCACUUCAAGGUGUUCCACUGGAGCGGAGAGAAUCUGUACUUCAUCAAGGGCAACCCCGAAAGUUUGGCGAUCGGUGCGGGAGAUGGAAAGUUCGGUCUCUGGCUGGACGGUGAUCUGAACCAGGGUCGAUCGCAGCACUGCAGCACAUACUCGAACGAACCGCUAGCACCGCAGGAGGACUUUGUCAUCAAAACGCUCGAAUGUUGGGCCUUUGUCUAAGCAAACGCCGUCCGCACAGAACCCGUGCGUAAAGGUGUCUCUUCACCCGCCGCCCCCAUUUAAUUCGUCGCUAUUCCCGGCCAUCCAGCAUCUGCCAACCACCCCCAGCAUCACGCCAACGGGGCGAGCCAACAGCAGCGCGGGUGCAGGUUUACGGUUUGGGAGUGUGCUGGUGCGCGCGAUCGGCGGUCAUGAGUAAUUGUGACAGAGGAUCGUUUGACAGAGGAUCAAAAAUUAGCCAUCGAUCGCGGAGCUCGCGCGCAGUGGUGGUGACCGAACGCAAGGGCGCGUCAGACCGAAGAGUGUCUCACCACCGCGCAUAGUUGUAGCGUAAUUUAGAUGAAACAAAAAAACAAAGCCGCGCUUUUGCGGCAAUAGUUAAACAAAUACCCGGUAGCGAUUAUUUGUGUUUGUGUGUGUAAAGGGUGCGCUGGAACGCCCAGAAAUGCCCCCAAACCGUGGGCCGCAAGUUGUAAAGGUUUAUGCGGAGAGCAGCCGAUCACAGGGGGAUCAGAAAGGGUUGCAAGGAACAGAAACCCUUGCAUCAGGGAAUCCAAUCCAACGGGCCGAAUCGAGGGACAUGGGACAUAAGAAAUCACAAAACAUUGUUGUUAUAAUGUAUAAGAAGAGAGGGGCCAGACGGGACAAACGGAAUGAAAUUAUGUAGACGCGAAAGGUGGCAGAAGCGGAGCUAAAACCCAAGAGUGUACCAGGGUGUCCCUGCCCUACAAAAAACCAAACGCGAAGAGUAUAUAUAUAUAUUUGAACAAGAAAAUUGUAAUCCAAGAGCAUAUGAUAUGUUGUUGUCGGAGCGCAGGACCGGCCGGACAAAGACAACCAGAGCCGGCAGUAGUACUACCCAUACCUAAAAUGCAACAUUAAUGCCGCGUGCGAGAGCUGUAAAACUUCGGGCAACACACUCUUUGGGGGGGGACACUGAAUUGGCCAAAUUGCGGUGUCCCCACACAUAAGGCAGACAGAGAGAGAGAGAGAGAGAGCGCGUGAGAAUCCUUUCUAGCGUAAAUUGUAGGAAAAGCGAUACGAAUUGCUCGUUGUUGUGUUUUGUUGUUUCACUGUCGCCGUUAUUUACCGCGUGGAAAGACCGCGCCCCUCUAUCGAUGCAAAAACCAAAUCCUCAAACGCAAAAUCGAACUCUGGCACACAGCAAGCAGAUAAAAAUGUAUGUAAGCGGCAAAAGAAAAGUACUGGCGCGCACCUCGAAGAAUAUGAGCCUCUCUAUUUGUUCAACCGCCUCUGGUAAGGAUACGCGUGAAACAAAGAUAAACAAUACACCACACACGACGGGGCUCUUCGGGGCUGUGUCACGGUAAAGGCAAAUCCAGUUCACCCAAUUCGUCACCGCAAAUACAAAGCAGCAGCAGCGCCGUAGAGGAACGAAAACGCUCUAAAACAUAUUUAUACUGUGUUACGUGUAGCAACUUAAUCGAACGAUAGAGGAAGAAAAAAAUAACACACAUUAUGCAUUAAACGGAACAAUUAAAGCGACCAUUUUGACUGUCAACACCGCCAGGCGAAGCGAAAAGCGCGCAGGAUCUGCGUUGCUCUGUAGAGCAAGUGGAAAAGUAGGCUGCGAAAGAAACCUUUCCCGGGUUGAGUUUGAUGGCUUUCACUCUGAGCGCGAGUCUUGCAGUUUUUAACCCCGUCUGUCGUCCGCUUGCUUUGAUACCCUUCCGUUCCGUACAUCUGUCAACUUUUGCCACACAACAAACGACCAGGUGGCUCCGGUCAAACAUAUUAUUUUAGUGCAAUUUAUCGUAAAUUGUAACAUAAUUAGUUCAAUAUUAUUUUGUAUUGUAUUUUUUUUUAUUUUGCUCUUGUUGGGUGCUAUUUUACACGCACACUUUUUUACGUACGAAGUCAAACACACUGUUGAACUGAAUUUGUCACCUUGUGAUUACAUUGGUUCUUCCCCCUGUCCCCCUGUCGAAGAAAGCUAUUUCGGAAUCGGUCCUUUUUGGGGGCGGCGCGGAACCAGUGCCGCACAGCAGCAAACCUACACAAAUGUGGUCCCCUCCCCGCGCACGAUAACAUUUUUUUUUAAUUUAUUGAACACAAGCAUUGUUUCAUGUUUGCCUUUUUGUUCUUUUUAAGCUGUAGUUUUAGGUACCAUUUGUCAGCGAUCCGCUGUGGUGUUCGCCUCGAUUGAACCGUAUUUGUGGGCAACCAUUCGCACUAACCCAAUGCAAUGGCGGAAGGAAAGGGAAUUUAGAAGACAGGCGAACAAUAUCGAACCCGUGCGCCGACCACCACCACAAACGAUUACACACUGUUGUAUACUGAUAGUGGAAAUGAUGCUAGUUUUCUAUACGAUUGUGGUAAAAUCUCUAGAGAGAGAGAGAGAGAACGGUCCGCGAGAGUAACGCGGAUAAGUAACAAAAAAAAGUAAACAAAAUAGAAACUUGAUUUUUUUAAAUAUGAACAAUACAAUAAAAUAAAAACAACAACAACAUAAAACACACUGACCACGGUCGUUUUGUACACACUACAGGUAUUUUUCCAUUUUUUGUUUUUGCGAACAGGUUUUUGUUUGAAACACCAAUUAUCCCCUUUCUGUUACGUUUUCGUUGUUUUUUCUGUUCCGUUUUCAGCGUUAUGAUUGAUGAACAUCAUUAUCGAAUGUCGGUGUUCUUUAUUUCAUCUUUUGGUUUUUCAAGAAGCAACAUUGAUCACUACGCAUUCGACUUCUUCUGCUGCCGUUGCCGUGGUGCCGCGAAAAAAACUCGGAACAGUAAAAAUUAAAACACUGGC